AUGUCACCACUCAACAGAUUUGGAGACGCAGAAGACAUAUUUUUGAGAGAACUGCUAGCACCAUUUGUUUCACUAGCGAAACGCAUAAAUAUAAUACUCGACAGUACCAGCACCAUUCAACAAAUAGAGGACAGCAAAAGGGAUCCAUUUAAGAAAUCAGGCAAAUAUGCCCUUGGCUGGGUGUAUUUUGCAAUCAUUCUGCUCGUCUUCACGUCCCUACUUCACCUUUACCAUGUAUGGUGCGACAAGAUAAGAACGGGUCUCUACAAGGAGUAUGUACUCAACACCAAAAACUCUUAUCCGGAAUCACCUUUCGAAAUGACAAGCCCCGGCACCGCAACCUCCACGCGCAAAUUUUUCCCUGCAGAUGGACCCCUUCCGUCAACAGCUAGGCAAGAGUCCUCAAUCUCAAAUAUACGGUUUAUAAACAAUUUACUAGCGCUCGUUAGGUGGAUAGUCUAUAGACCAAUACCUGUGAUUAGGAUAUGGAAACUGGAGAUCGUCCCGCCAUCGAUGGGAGCCACCGUUCUCAUUCUGCUGGCUCUGAUAUUUGUCACUCUAUACUGCUUUCUCCCCCAACCGCUUUUCUACUCCAGCAUACGAUCCGGAUCUCCUCCUCUGGCUAUUCGCGCCGGAAUGCUGGCCAUUGCUUUGAUGCCGUGGAUCAUCGCGUUAAGCUCAAAGGCAAAUUUUAUCUCUCUGAUAACCGGCAUAGGUCAUGAGAGACUUAACGUUCUCCAUAGAUGGGCCGGGUAUCUCUGUCUUUUUCUAAGCCUCGUCCAUAUGAUUCCAUUCUACAUAACCCCUGUCUGGGGGGACAACGCGCUGCCUCUAUAUGAGCAGCUUCGCAGGGGGAACAUGUAUAUAUAUGGCACUGGACUGGCAGCAUUCGUGCCGCUUUGUUUCCUUUGUGUUCACUCCUUACCAGUGCUCCGUAACCAGCUAUAUGAGCUCUUUGUUUUGCUACACGUACCAGCGUCCAUUGUUUUUACAGGGAUGCUUUUUUGGCACUGCAGAAAUGUCCUGACCUCAUGGCAUUAUCUAUUCACUACGGUGGCCGUCUGGCUCCUCUCCUAUAUCAUUAGGCUGUUCUUCCUGAAUUGGACCAAUCCGUUUCGCCUCUCCUGGCUCAUCGGAGAGGAAUCUGCCAUCACCAUCCUUCCUGAAAAUGCAAUCAAAGUUACCAUUCCCACGCAGAAGAAAUGGAGGCCAGGACAAUACGUCUACCUUCGCAUGCCGGGAAUUUCUUUCUUUGAGAACCAUCCUUUCACCGUUGCCUCUUUAUGCAGUGACGACUUUCCGUCCGAAUAUGGCGAAAAUUUCCGAGAUAUGACACUCGUUUUCCGACCGUUUAGUGGCUUUACAGCCAAGGUUCUGGACACGGCUCUUGAAAAGGGUCCAUAUAAAACCUACCGUGCAUUUAUCGAUGGGCCUUACGGAGGUAUGAGACGGGAGAUAGCCUCAUUCGAUGAUGUGAUAUUCUUCGCGGGAGGGACCGGCAUCACUGCCAUUACAAGCCAACUCCUUGACCUGAUAAAACGAAUGCGAGAUGGCAAAGCCCUCACGAGAUCAGUGCGUGUUGUAUGGGCCCUCAAGCGCCCAGAGACCAUGGAAUGGUUCAAGGAGGAAUUACGAAUAUGCCGCGAAUACGCUCCUCCAGGCUCCAUCUUCUGCCAAUUCUACCUCACCGCCGCCAAACGCCAUGAUGGUACCAUCAGGACACGCUCUCGACCACACAGCACCGUUCUCCACGAUCGCAUCAACGACGUCUUCCAAGGGGUCGCCAGCAAGCGCAAUUCCGCCUUCAUUCGUGAGGAAGCUGGUGGUGACCAGGAACGUGAAAAGGAACUCCGCCGCGAAAACGAAGACGGUAUCACCGCCCUCCCACUCGCACACAUCCACCAACAUUCCCGCCCCUCCGCCUUUCCCUCCCCUCAAGAAGAUUCAAUAGAUUACUUUAGCCAGCCACAUCAACCCCACCUCUUCCCACAUCACACAUAUGACCAACAAGACUCCCGCAACUUCGACUUCGGCUUUCCCUCCACACCCACCUUUUUCCAAAAGAACCUAAUGCGCUUCGCUUUCCUCCCGACGCAGAAACGCGACGGCUGGCGCACGGAGUAUGGCAGGCCCGAUAUACCUUACAUGCUACGACAGUUUUCUAAGGACUUUGGGCGCCGAAUCUGUGUGUUUGUUUGCGGACCGCCAAGUAUGCGGAUUGAUGUGGCAAGUACGGUUGCGCAGUUGCAGCGAGAGAUUAUAAGGAAUUCGGGGAGGGAUGAAUUGUAUUUGCAUACGGAGAAUUAUGCGAUAUGA